UUUUCUUUCUCUUUUUCCUUUUCUUGCUCUGUUUGGCUGCAAAUCAUGAUGAUCCCUCUUCUCAUUCCCCUCAUACCCCUUCAUCUCUUUACAAUAAAAACAACUUCAAUUAAUAAAGUUAAUUUCUUAUUUGCCUUACCUUAACACUCUUUUUUUUUUUUUUUUGUCUUUGAUUUGAUUUUUCACUCUGUUCGAUAUCAAUCCUCAUGCUUCUGCUAAGUGCUACAGUUUCAUCCUCUGUUACUGCUUUUGGCUGUUUUUUGUAUAGAUAAUAAUAAUAAUUAGUAGUAGUAGUAGAUUGUUUGCUUUUCAUGAAUCGUCAAUCCUUUCCUUUUCUUUUUCAUCUUCCUGUCAGUCUCUGUGUAUAGAGCCCAAAGCAAAGCCCACUAGUGCAUAUACCUUUCCAUCCAAUUCCACCACCACCGACUUCAACCUCUUCUUGGCCCAUCUAGGGUUUCUCUUUUCUCCCCUCUCCUUUGUUUCUUUCAUUUUUUAUUUUCAUUUUUAUUUUUAUUUUAUUAUGGUAUGAUUCUUGGGAUUAUUAUGUCCGCUUUCCCAUCUUUUGCUUUCCUGUUAAAAAAAUAACCCAACCUCCACCCCUGUUGAUUGCUUCCCUUAAAUCCCAAAUUGAUUCUGGGUAUAUUUCCUUGCCUCCAAUUCUAGGGUUUUUCUAGGGUUUUAUCAUUAAAAACUAAACCUUUUUAUUCUGGGGGUCAAACCUCAUUAUCACUUGAUUUCAUUUGUCCCUAAAUUUAUUCAUCACCUUUUCUUUUUUGCCCUUAAACAAUCUUGCACCCUUUCGUUCUUUUACCCCUUAAUAUCGCUGGAUUUGAAUCGGGUCAUCUUUGGUCAUGGCGUAUCAGCCGAUUCCAGGUCCGAGCUCGGGGUCGAGUUCGAGUUCUGGUUUUCAAUACAUGAAUUCCCCUUUUGGAGAUACAACAUACACCAAGGUCUUUGUUGGGGGACUCGCUUGGGAAACGCAAAGUGAAACCAUGCGCCGCUAUUUCGAGCAGUUUGGUGAAAUUCUGGAGGCCGUUGUCAUCACUGAUAAGAACACCGGCCGUUCCAAAGGAUAUGGUUUUGUGACUUUCCGGGAUCCGGAGGCUGCUAGGAGAGCCUGUGCUGAUCCAACUCCAAUUAUAGAUGGCAGGCGCGCUAAUUGUAAUUUGGCUUCACUUGGCCGACCUCGACCUCCAGUGCCUUACGGUAUCAUCUCUAAUUUGUCCGGACGUUUGAGACCAGCUUCUCCAUACUUGGGAGGUGUGCAAGCUACACGAGGGACUUAUGUUGGAAGUUUUGGCUAUCAGCCACCACUUUCUUACAGCUAUCAGCAAGGAUUGAUGUACCCUUCUUAUGGGUAUGCAACAUAUGGACCUGAAUAUGUCUAUCCUCAGGUUAAUGGCAUUCUAAAGUGCAAUUAUUUAACUUUCAUUAGAGUAAGUAAUGCUUGGGAUACUGAUUUAUUCUUGUUUCUUCGUGUGCUAUCAUUCUAUGGACAGGGUCUUUACAACCCUCAUGCAGCUCACCAGUACCUUCAGAUAUACGGAGUACCUGGAGCAGUUAAUGCAGCUAUCUAUCCGUAUGGACAAUUGGGUCAAACUGUUCCUAGUGGACAUGGUUAUACGGCUGUACAGGGAUAUGCAAUGCCAAGUCCUCAAAUAGUGCAGUUUGGUGGACCCAGUGCUAAUGCAAUAACGUCUUCUCCAAUGCCCACAAUCCAAACACCAUAUCCUGGAGGUAUAGCAGCACCUGUUCCAGCACAGCCACAGUUUAUAGUUACUACUCCCUCUCAGUUUAUGCAAGGUAGCGGUUCUGACCAAACAACUGGGUGAGGAGUUGAUCAAGGUAUCCUUAGAUUGCAGCAGGACUAAGAGCAGCGGAACUGCUACUUGAGUGGCGGGCUUCGGAUCUAGCCUUGCAAAUUAUUAAUUUUGCUUUCUACAGGUCAUACGUAGUCAUGCUCACCAGAGAAGUCAAUGUUAAUGUUGUCUUGAGUCGCUCCAGAUGUGGAGAAACAACAUGGAGGGUGCAGAAAGCUCUUCCUUUACACUGGUGUAUCUAAAGCUCAUAUACUGCAGGUGCUCGGAUUGGGUGGCCAGCAGUCAUGGAUUGAUGGAUGCUGGAAUGGGUUUCUAGCAACCACGUAGGGAAUAAAAAUGGUGUAAAAAUACAUGAUGGUAGAAUCAAGAUAUGAUUCUUUUAUAAGUGUAGUCCCAGCAUUUUGGUGUAUAGAUAGUCUCUGGUGUCUGGUGGUGUCCUGCAUUGUAUGUAGACAUGGUUCUAGUUUUGUGCAUAGUAGUAGUAGGGAGGGGGGGGGGGGG